AUGUCCUUUGGAUCCGAUCGCGUGGUUCACGUGUUUGUCUGCCCUAACGUUAAUCAAGCGGUGAAUGCGAAACCCCGGUCUUUCGACGCGAAACCCAUGGAUAAUAAGAUGAGUGCAGAGGAAGUGCUCAUCGAUUGCGGCGCCGAUGAAGAAGAAGACAGCGGCGAAGUGAUGGCCGCUAACGGAGACCCCACUCAAGCCGUGGCCGCAGCCGAAGACCGACCUGUUGUGGACGUAAUUACCAUCGAUGACGACGACGACGAUAUUGAUUACGAGGACAACGAGAGUGAGAGCGAUGACGUGAUUAUCAUCGGAGAGAGCGAUAGUGACAACGAUGUCGCGGACGACGACAACAAUCGUACUAUCAAUUUGUCGGAUCAAUUGUCUGUCAAUUCGUUGCCCUCUAAUGGUGUGUCAGCGGCCGCUGUUGUGUCCGCCACAGAGGCUGUGGCCGCAGAUGUCUUAAGCGAAGAUCAAAAAGAGAGUACGAAUGACAUCAACGUUGAGGUGAAAACUGCCCCAAAGAGUCCGAAACGGGUCAACACAACACCUGUACAAUUGGCCUCCACUUCAAACGGUGCGACCAAUGGGGCGGCGGAUACAGAAGCGGAUCUGAUCCCCACAAAGAUGCAGCGAAUCAUAGGUCCCGCAGACACGGAGAUCACAAAUUUGGUGGCACCUCCGCAGCUGCCGUCAGCGCCCGUCGAUCCCGAGACACAAUUCAACCACUAUUUGCAGGCAUUUAAAAAUCGUAUGAAUGAUAUGAAUGCCGACCAGAAAGAGACGGACGAUAUCCUGUGCCGUAUGAAUGAAAUGUACGAUAAGUUGAGACAAAACAAGUCGUUCUUGAAGUCAAGUCAAUACUCAAAACUGUUGGAAAUGUUUACUGAAGAAGUGCUACAAAUGGUGGAAAAGGAUCGCAUUGUGUCUCAUAAUAACGAUCUGUUGAUUGAAUUGAAAAGAUUGACCGAAAAGAGGGUGAAGAAGAGUGGACUGAAGGGCACAUCAAAGGUUAAAUGUGUGAAUAAGUUGACCGAUAAGUUAAAGGCCGUCCAAAAGGAGAUUUUUCGGGCGGAGAACUCAGAGCUGGACUUUGAGGCGUUGGGCGGAAAGAGCUGUUGGACUGAUUUGCCUAAACUCUACCGAAAGGCUGAAGAGCUUUGGACCAAAAGGGAAGAGCUGUUGAAUCGGUCGACAAAUACUGGCCGACAAUUGUUCAAGAAAUUGAAGUACGAGUCGACGCCUUAUCCAGAAAUUAAUCGAUGCGUUGAAAACGUGUUCAACAGUUAUCUGAAGCGUAUGCGGACAAUGAGGUCUGUGACCAGUGGUCGCCGAUAUCUGGACGAGUCGUUCACUAUAAUAGAUGUGCGGAAAGCGGUUUUGGCGGAGAUUGAGAGCAAACACUUGAUUGUGACGAAUAGUGAGUCAAUGAUGGCUAAGAUAUACGAAGACUUGUUGUUAGAGAUGAGGAAUCGGCGGCAAAAAGACGGCGACGAAGGGAUCGAGACGUACGAGUCGUACGACGAUCUCAGACCCGAGACCUUUGUGGCCGACGACCCACUCAUUGACAUCGAGUGCUCCAAAACCAAAGUGUUGUGCGAACGCAAAAUGCAAGACCUCUUCGAGCGAUACACCAAAGAAGACAUCAAAAAGAACGGACCGUUAGUUCAGACGCCGAGCGCCGAAUGGAUCGACCAUUUGGUCGACACCGAAGACAACGACGACUUCGAGUCAUUGGAUGUGAAAGAGGGAGAACUCGAAGAAGACAACGACGACUCCACC